AUGGCAAUUAUAGAUGGCUCGACUUGUUACCACGUCUUGUCUCGGCGUAAUAAUACGCGAAAGCAUCGAACUAUCGAUAUGCGACCCAUCGAUGUUAUCCCCGCAAUCGCAGACAAACUCUUGACCACAGUGUAUAAUCACAUAAAAAUUGCUGCACCCGCACGAUUCAAAACAGGCGAUUCGGUACAUGUGAGUAAAUUCAAGACAAUAUUUGAAAAAGGUUAUAUACCAAAUUGGACCAUGGAAGUGUUUAAGAUCAUCAAAGUUCAGAAAACUAAUCCCAUGACGUAUCUAUUGCAAGAUUCAUAUGGAAAAUCAAUCGCUGGAGGAUUCUACGAAUACGAAUUGCAUCGCGUUGUAAACCCCGACGUGUAUCUCGUUGAAAAAGUAUUAGGCAAAAGGAGGAACGAGGUUUAUGUUAAAUGGUUGUGA